UCGAGGUUGCAGCAGGCAGAGGGAGACGGUGGAAGGUAACGCAGGGAGGCAGCAUCAUGGCGGACAGAGACAGUGGCAGUGACCACGGAGGGCCCAUCGCAGGCCCCGGCUCGCUGCCCCCGGGCGCGAUGGGCGCCAUGUCUCGGCUGCAGCACGACACCGAGGAGCUCGCCUCCAAGCGCGUCGACAUCCAGAACAAGCGCUUCUACCUUGACGUGAAGCAGAAUGUGAAAGGCCGCUUCCUAAAGAUAGCCGAGGUCGGCGCUGGGGGGAACAAGAGCCGCCUCACGCUCUCCAUGUCCGUGGCCGUGGAGUUCCGCGACUACCUCGGGGACUUUAUCGAACAUUACGCCCAGCUGGGCCCGACGAACCCGGACAUGGUGCAGGAUGAGCCGCGGCGGGCGCUGAAAAGCGAAUUCCUGGUGCGGGAGAAUCGGAAAUAUUACAUGGAUCUGAAAGAGAACCAGAGGGGGCGGUUCCUGAGGAUCCGGCAGACCGUUAAUCGGGGCCCCGGAUUGGGAAGUGCGCAAGGCCAGACCAUCGCUCUGCCGGCGCAGGGUCUCAUCGAGUUCCGCGACGCUCUGGCCAAACUCAUCGACGACUACGGCGUGGACGAGGAGCCGGCGGAGCUCCCGGAGGGCACCUCGCUCACGGUCGACAACAAGCGCUUCUUCUUCGACGUGGGCUCCAACAAGUACGGCGUGUUCAUGCGGGUGAGCGAGGUGAAGCCCACGUACCGGAACUCCAUCACGGUGCCCUGCAAAGUGUGGUCCAAAUUCGGCAACACCUUCUGUAAAUACGCGGAGGAGAUGCGGAAGAUCCAGGAGCGGAGUAGAGAGAAGCGGGCCUCCGAACUGCUACCUGAGGGCCCGCACGGCGCGGACGACGGCGACGACGACUGACUGGGGAUCUUAAAGAGGAGCCGAGGUGAACCAAGCAAAGUCGAAAUCUGAACUGUGUGAGAGAAAGAUAGAGGGGGUGGGGGGAGAACACACACCAGACUUUUAACUGUAAAAUAGAUCGAGAUUUUCCAAGGGAAUCACCCCACACACACAACCUCCACAGACAUGGCAGCACCUCUGCUGCCUCCUCGCUCAUUUUACUGGAUGUCACCCCACUUACCACCCAUGUAACAGUAAGCCGCUGCUAUCAAGGACCGAACUGUAAGAUAUGAAACUGUUUCCUACUUGACUUAAACGACAAUGAACAGAG